GCGUGCACAGCGCGAGCCCAAGACACAACAAGCAAGAACUGAGAUUACGUUUCGUAAAUUAGCAUCUCUCAAAGAGAAAUGCACACGGUUGUUUCUAAAAUAUUUCAAACCAUCCAAGUAUAAAUAUUUACCUAUUUAAAAAUGAAUUAACUUACUCAGCUGCGUAAUGGGUCGAAGGGAUAUUGUAAAAAAGGAUUUUGUAUUUACUCUAUUGUAAUCUACAGAUUUACGGUGAUCAUAAACACUCAUUGAAGUCAUGUCGUUUAAAGAUUUAAACAUGAACAACAACUGUAUGUAUUACAAGUGCAGAAGUUUACUAGCUUGUGAUGGAGGAGGUACAGUAUUCGACACUUCAACCAAAUUUAAACAAGUUGUUAAGAAUAUUGGAAAUAACGGAGAAAGCUAUCCAAAUAUAUCUAGUCAGCCUGACAGAAUAAUAUAUGUAAUAAAUCAAGAUAAUCAUUGUGAAAAAUAUGAAAAACUAUCAGUUGAUUCUACAACACAUCUUGAUGAUGAUGAGUUCAACGAUUAUGAAAUGACUUCAAAUAUAAGUUGUGAUGAAGAUGGUUCUACAUAUACUCCUGUUAAAGAAACAAUUAAAUUUAUUGACAUUGAAAAGAAAAAUGAACAAAGUAAAUGUUAUAAUAUCUUUCCUGAAGAUGAAUAUAAAGGCAAUAACAGUGUCAAAAGUGUGUUGAAUACAGUUAUGAGUACAGAUCAAAAUUCAUCUUAUCUAAAAGUUGAGCACCUCCAAAAUUACAGUGGUAUAAGAGACAAUAUCUAUAUUCAAGAUAUCAAUCAUAAUAAUAUUCAGAAAAAUGAUUUUGUUGAAAGUAGUAAAAAUCAUUUAGUAGUAAAUUCUUCAGAGCUUCAGUACUUGCCAAAUAAUAAAUCAAAAAAUAAUAAUAUGAAUAGUCAAGAAAUUUUCAAUUAUGAUGUUAUAGUAAAAUCUGAUUCAGAAACCACAAAUAAGAGUCAUUUGCGAAAAAGAAAACAAGUUUAUUCUGUCAAAGAAGAUUCAUUUGUUGAACUGUAUGAAGGAAGUCCUUAUGAGCCUUCUGAUGAUCAUAAAAGAAAAAAAAAGCUCAACGAAAACUAUUCGUUUCAAUAUCAAAAAAACCCUUUUGCUAAUGUUAAAAUGAGCAGCAUUUUGAAAGGGAAUAGAAAUUCAUUCAAAAAUAUAAAUAAUGAAGUGAAGAAAAAUGAACCUGUGAUAUCUAUUCUUGAAAGUCCUAUCUUUAGAAAUGUAGAUCCAACUAAUAAGCCAGUUAUGUGCCAAAAAAAUAAUAAUUUUUCACUUUUGACAAAAUCUCCUGCAUCAGUCAAAAGCAAUUCAAUUAAAGAAUUAAAUAUGGGAUUCAAUGAUGUGAACUAUUUUGAGUAUAUAGAACCAAGGGAGAAAAUAGUUGAAUCAAAUAUGGAUAAAUUGUUAAGUCCUACAGUUGAAAGUGAUGAUACAGUUAUCAAUCACUUUGUCACGAAUAAGCAACAAGCCAUGAAAAGUAAAGAUAUUAAUUCUUUAACGAACUCAAUAAUUCCACAAUCUAAGGAGGCAGCUGAAGAAGAAUUCUUAAAGAAAUCUUUGCAAGCCCAGAAACAAGGAUUUGAUACAAUAAAUAUAUUCAACACAUCCAAUGACGACCUCAUUGAUGAGAUUAUUUUUGAUUUAUCAUUUGCUUAUAAAAAUAUUCAAUUAGACAUUGAUUAUGACAAAAUUACAUCUGCUUCUUCAAUACCUCAAUUAAAUAUGAGCAAUACUUUUACAACUAAUACUUGCACUUUGUUGGACAGUUUGAACGAAUUUAAUCGGUUUGGAGGUUUUAUAAGUGAUUAUAUAGAAAGUAAUUCUAUGCAGACUAAUCAUUCUAAUAAAACAUCAUUUGCUUCCUACCAGCCAUUUCAAAAUAAAUCUUUAGAAGAACUUUCUAUGAACAUUAAACAGGAAUCGGUUGAUGAUAGAAAUGAUCGAAACUCAAAUAAUUUUAUUUUCAAUUUUUCUGAUAAAUCUAAUUUACUGGGAGUAGAUUUUCAAACCAGAUGUCAAACUUCAGAAAAUCACUCUGUAGACAUGAAUCCGAUGCUAUUUUCUGAUCCACUCAAAAUUAAAAUAAAGAGAGUCAAUGAGAUUAACAAUCAAUACACGAUUAAUGGAAUUAAUCGUAAAUCUAGUAUCCAAAAAAAGAACUCAAAGCCAGCUUCAAAAUUACUUAAAAUUUUAGAUAAGUAUGAAUGCAAUGAUUGUCUUCAAACAUUUAGAACCAAACGAUUAUUGAAAACUCAUAUAUCUGAUUUUCACAAAGGUCCAUAUGAUGUUGAAUGUGAAAUUUGUCACAUGAAAUUCAAAAAAAGUUCUGCUCAUAAAAACCACAAACCAUGGUGCAAAAAAGCUGUGGAAUAUAAAUGUAAAUUAUGUCCAAAAAUAUAUCGGUAUCAAGCAUCUCUUAAUAAACAUUUGAAAACACAUAUAAAAAUUAAUUGAAAUAGAUUCAUAACUACGUUUUGAAGUAUUAUGAAUCAGAUUGCAGCUUCUUAUGCAUGAAUUUUUAACUACCAAAUAAAAUGUAGAAGAUGAACAUAGUACACCUGCUUUAUAGAAGGUUGAAAAAGAGUCAGUGAACUUACAAAGUUUUUAAUUGAAAAUUAUACUCUCUAAAUGUUGACCAUAAUCAAGAUAUACAAAUGAAAUUCCUUUUUGUUUGGAAGUUUUUUUUAUAGUUAUUUUAUGUAACUAAUCAUUGCUUUUAUAUUUUAAUUCAUAUCAAUAUCUUUAUUGAUAUC